AUGGAUCUAAUAUGCUUUACAGAUUUCGAAACGCUUUACUUGAUUCUUGAUUUGUCGGAUGAGGUGUUGUUUGAUUCGCUGAGAAGGCUUCAGUUGAUGCAUUUGUUUGUGGAGACUCUAAAGGCGACAGAAAUCGGUAAAUCUGUUAAUGCCCUGCACGAUGCCGGAGACGACCAUGAAGUAGAUGGGGAGGAUGAGGGCAUAGACUGUCAUGGGAGAAGGGAGGGUGAAGCUGGGCAGCUUCAGGAAGAGGCGCGGGGGGUGGAGGAAGGAGAACAGAAGGAUCCAAGCGGCGUGGAAGAGGGAGUCGACGGAUCGGGUUGGGAUGCAGCAGAGAACAUCUUUUCCAGUGGAAGGAGGUGA